GUCGGCAAAGAAGCGUGAUUAAAUUGUUGUCAGCAGCAGAGUUCAGUCACCAUCGCUCUAGAUAACAUGAAAACAGCCUACUAAGCUCUGCUAGGGCAUGUAGAAUGGUCAGAGUGAGGAACGCCCAGAAUUGCGGGCUGCAGUUGCACACUAUUGAAGCUUGGUGCUACAUCAUGUGCACUCUGGGUGCUCAAAUUUUCCACAGCUGACUUGCCUGAGAGUUGUGUUUAACGAUGUCAUGCUAUGUUUGUACAGUAACUGUGUAGUCAGCUAACUGUGUGUAUAUAAAUAUAUAUAUAUAUACACGACAGAAACAAGACCAUCUGACUUCAACUGGCAAUCACGAAACAGGAGAUGGACAAGCAGAGCAAAUUGUCACCUGCAGUCCAGCCCUUUGUUCCAAAAGUCCAGCAGGAAGGGAGAUUGGAGGCCCCUAAACAACUGACAACUUCACUGCCCCUGACACUACCAAACCCUUAUCUGUUAGAUCAAGGUUCUAGAAGGCAUCAGGCUGGUAAGUCUACUUCAGGUGACGACUCGAGAAAGAGCCCCAGGCAGAGGCCAUCAACCACUGAUGGUAUGCGAGGAGACGCACAGAGCAAGCAUGGCUACAUCAGCAGCCGUCGUACCAAAGGGACAACUGAAACCAGUGCAUACACAGCUGGAGAACGACUCAUACGUGAUCAGCAAACAAAGGCAUCAAAAUCUAGUUCUGAGUUUGGUUCUCAGGACAAUAACAUGAUCAGGACAUCCUUGGAUGCACCAAGAAGAGGGGGUUUUAGAGGGACCAGAUCUGCCCCAAAGUCAUCAGAGAGAUCUGAACCUGCCCAGUUGGAUCUUGUCACAUUUGAGGUGAAAAUGGCUGAAUUCCCAGAGCUGGGUGGUUUGGCACCCGGCAGUCCUGCACUUCCUGCCCCACAGAAACCUGGAACCUGCUGGGGAUCAGCCUCACCAUCCCUCACCCCCCAUCAUCAGAGCUCAGUAUGCACUAGUAAGACUACACCAGUAAGAAAAGGACAAAGACAGGACCCCAGUCGAUGCACCGCUUCCAGUGAAAAUAGUGAUGCAUCCUUGACUAUCGCACAAGCUCAGACUGUGGAGGCAGUUUCACAGAGCAGUGGCCUAGCAGUGACCUCCUGGGCCAAUGUGGCCUCCCAGCCUCCAAAGAAAGUAAUCCCCAAGAAAAUGGUCAAUAAUGGCACUCCCUCCCAGAAGGAAACAUCUGUGCAGCAAGAAGAACACGCCUCUGAGAAGAAGAAGAAAGGGAAGAAGAAGAAGAAGAGAUCCAAAAUGCCGGGUGAAGUCGGAGCGUUAGAGGAGUCUGAGGACCUGGUCAUUUAUCAGGAGCCACCCAAGUUUGAGGAUGAAGAAGAGUUUCCAGACUUGUCUCUGGCCUUCGCUGGUUUAGCCAGAGUGCAAGGCCACAACUCGGUAGUGUUGAGCAACAUUGCAAAACUUGUCAACAAGGAGGAGGGUCACAGAGAAGGAACAGGACUCCAGCCAGGUGACCAAAACAAGGACAAAGCCACAGCAGGAAAAGCUCUGCCUUCAGAGACAAAGAAGGGACAGAAAGCUGAGAAGACCAGUGGGAAGAAGAGCAAAGUCCCUGUGCAGCUGGAUAUCGGGAAUAUGUUGGCGGUUCUGGAGAAGAAACAGCAAACUCAGAAAGACAAGCAGGACACCAAAGGGGUCAUCCUCUCAGUUGGUGGGUCGCUACCUGUCGGCCAUAAGAACGCACUAAUCCAGAAGAAACCACGGACACAGGAUAAGAUAGCCCACAACCCCUUGGACUCGACCAGCCCUCUGGUAAAGAAGGGCAAGCAGAGAGAGGUUCCCAAAGCUAAGAAACCCACACCACUGAAAAGGGUGAUUCUCAAGGAGAGGGAAGACAGGAAACAGAACCGUUUGCUGGAGGAGCGGGCACUGCCACCUUCAAGUGAAGAAUCCAAGAUGGCCGGCGACAUAACAGAGGAGCUGUGUGAGGCCAUCGGCAUAGACCAGGACCAGCAUGACUCUACAGAUGUAAGCAGCAGCCCUACUAGCCCCUCUGUGCUUGAGGAGCAGUCAGAAGUACAUGGGGAGACUGAGGGGGACACUGAGGGGGACACUGAGGGGGACACUGAGGGGGACACUGAGAAGGAGACUGAGAAGGAGACGGAGGAGACUGAGAAGGAGACGGAGGAGACUGAGAAGGAGACGGAGGAGACUGAAGACCCAACCAACCAGUCUCAGCCACAGCCCUGCCCUCCCUUUCGACCCAAAAUCCACAGCAGGAAAUUCAGAGAUUACUGCAGCCAGGUGCUGAGUAAAGAUGUGGACGAGUGUGUGACCAACCUGCUGAAAGAGCUGGUGCGCUUCCAGGACCGGCUGUACCAGAAAGACCCUAUGAAGGCCCGCAUGAAGAGACGUCUGGUCAUGGGCCUCCGGGAGGUCCUCAAACACCUCAAACUCAGGAAGGUCAAGUGUGUUGUCAUCUCCCCCAACUGUGAACGGAUCCAAUCUAAAGGCGGUCUGGAUGAAGCUCUCCACACCAUCAUUGACACCUGUCGAGAGCAGGGCGUUCCCUUUGUGUUUGCCCUCUCCAGGAAGGCCCUGGGCCGGUGUGUCAACAAAGCUGUGCCUGUCAGCCUUGUGGGCAUCUUCAACUACGAUGGAGCACAGGACCAUUACCACAAAAUGAUUGAACUGUCGUCAGAGGCGAGGAGAGCUUAUGAGGUGAUGAUAGAAAACUUGGAGUUGACAUCACAAGGAGAACAAGAGAACCAAGCGGAUCAGCUAAGCACUGGGCCACUGCCAUCUCCACCAGCCUGCUCAGAAACCGAGGAGCCAGAGUACAUAAAACUGUGGAAGAAAAUGCUGGAGAAGGAAUGCAAUCACAAGUUUUUAAACUUCGAGGAGCAGUUUAGCUCCGUUCCCAGGGCUAGUGACUGUAAAAAACAGAUGGAUGAGAAGAGUUGAUGAUGGAGACUGUGCCUAAAAACCCACUUGAUGCCAGCGCUGACUGUCAGUCCUGAAGGAAAUACUUGAUGGCACGAUGAACCCCCUGAUGUUGCAUCCCAAAUGGCACCCUAUUCCUUAUAUAGUGCUAUAUUUUCUUUGACCGAGCCCUAUGAGUGCUAGGUUAGGGAAUAUUGUGCCAUUUCCGAUGCUGACAGAUCAAAAUUGAUCUAUUUCCUGGGACCAAACCAAUCACUAGAAGUGACCAUUCAGCAUGUAUUUACACUGCUCCAUGAUGACAGGUUUAUUUACCUAAUGUGCCUAUAUAAAAUAGAAUCAAAGUAUACUUUAGCUGUGAAUGUUAGAUGAGCGACAUGACCUCAAGAUGUUCAGUUUUUUUUUCUGAAACAAUGGAAAUGCCACCAAAACAGUUUUGUUUUCUUGUUCAAAUUAGGCAUAUUAUUUCCUUUGUCAAUCAUGUGUGUACUUACUGUAUAAGGUUGAGAGUCAGUGAUUGUUUCUUUGAGGCUACACCAGUCAACAAAUGUGCUGUCAUAUACACUGAUAUGAACUUUGGUCUUUGACAUUAUCCAAACAAUAAAAUUAUAAUUUUAUUCAUAAGAGACAAUGUUGUCUUUAAAUAAUUGUCAAUACCUAAUGAAGGUUAUAUCAUUUUGUAAAUUUACUUUGUUACAUUCAUGUGCAAUACUUUAAUAGCAUUUUUAAAAUUGUUAAAUGUCUUUUAUAACAGAUAUUAAAAUAAUUAUGGUUCAGUGAUCAAUAAUGAUCUGAAGUGAUGUACAGUGCCUUGCGAAAGUAUUUGGCCCCCUUGAACUUUGCGACCUUUUGCAACAUUUCAGGCUUCAAACAUAAAGAUAUAAAACUAUUUUUUUGUGAAGAAUCAACAAGUGGGAUGACAUUUUGGAUAUUUCAAACUUUUUUAACAAAUCAAAAACUGAAAUUGGGCGUGCAAAAUUAUUCAGCCCCCUUAAGUUAAUACUUUGUAGUGCCACCUUUUGCUGUGAUUACAGCUGUAAGUCGCUUGGGGUAUGUCUCUGUUUUGCACAUCGAGAGACUGAAAUUUUUUCCCAUUCCUCCUUGCAAAACAGCAUGAGCUCAGUGAGGUUGGAUGGAGAGCAUUUGUGAACAGCAGUUUUCAGUUCUUUCCACAGAUUCUCGAUUGGAUUCAGGUCUGGACUUUGACUUGGCCAUUCUAACACCUGGAUAUGUUUAUUUUUUAACCAUUCCAUUGUAGAUUUUGCAUUAUGUUUUGGAUCAUUGGCCUCAUUGGAUCAUUGGCCUCUUGGCUGCAUCUCUGAUCAGUCUUCUCCUUGUAUGAGCUGAAAGUUUAGAGGGACGGCCAGGUCUUGGUAGAUUUGCAGUGGUCUGAUACUCCUUCCAUUUCAAUAUUAUCGCUUGCACAGUGCUCCUUGGGAUGUUUAAAGCUUGGGAAAUCUUUUUGUAUCCAAAUCCGGCUUUAAACUUCUUCACAACAGUAUCUCGGACCUGCCUGGUGUGUUCCUUGUUCUUCAUGAUGCUCUCUGCGCUUUUAACGGACCUCUGAGACUAUCACAGUGCAGAUGCAUUUAUACGGAGACUUGAUUACGCACAGGUUGAUUGUAUUUAUCAUCAUUCGUCAUUUAGGUCAACAUUGGAUCAUUCAGAGAUCCUCACUGAACUUCUGGAGAGAGUUUGCUGCACUGAAAGUAAAGGGGCUGAAUAAUUUUGCACGGCCAAUUUUUCUGUUUUUGAUUUGUUAAAAAAGUUUGAAAUAUCCAAUAAAUGUCGUUCCACUUCA